AGAGUCGCUCCACUGAGAUAAGACUUAGGAGGAGGGCCUUUGGCUUUAUUGGGGCAGAGGGGAGGAGGAGGAGGCUGUCUCAAGCCUGCCCUGUAGCUUUUAUUUGUCUUGGCUCUUAACAUUCCGAAGGAUGUAGCCGGGCACAUCCUUACUCUUGGUUCUGUUUCUCAGAUAAGUGAAAUCGAGGCCCAGGAAAUGUAAGCUCGUGAGCAGCACUGUCUCCGGAUGCAUCCAUGGCUCUUCUGUAUAUGUUAUCGCAUUUAAUUCUCAGGACAGCCCUGUUUGGGGCAUUGAGUCUAAGUUAGAGACGUCGAGUGAAUUCACUUCAUUCUCACAGUUCAGUCUCUCUUACACUGAAGUAGUAGAGCCAGGAUUCAAACCUUAUGUUAAUUAGCUCAAGGAUUACUUUUCUGAGUGUUUUUACUGACCACACACCACCCCAGUUAAGUCUUUUCCUCUGGGGCCCCACGGCACCCUACGGUCCAUUCUGUCACAGUACUUAUAAUACACAGCUGUCAUUGACUUCUAUUUCUGCUGCCACUAGACUGCCAGCAGCUUGAGAACAAUGACCAUGCCUGGUUCAUCUUGUUAGCCCAUCCCCUAAUACUGGACACAGUAUAUAUUGGGAAGCAAUAGAUAUUUGUCAGGUGAAUGAAUGAACAAAGAAUAAUAGCAAGAGCAUCAACAGGUUCAUGGCUUGUUUUUGAGAGCACAAAAAAUAGAAGUAAUGGAUAUGCCCAAUGUCCAGGGAAAAGCAUAACGAUGCAUCUUUAGGUUCCUCACCCAGAAUUGCAGCAUAAUUAUUUUUUCCCCAGAAUUUAAGCGUUAGAGCCAUCGUCCUCAAUGGUUACAGCAAAGACGCAGUAAACUGCUUUUCCUCCUGGAGGACUUAAAUUUACCAGUUGUUGCUAUCAGAAAAUAGCUCUGUGAUUAAAAUAAAAUUUGUGUGUCCUAAGCUUUUUCAUGCUUUGGGGGUUGUUGACUCAGGAUUGACUCCCAUGAACGUGACAACUAGGACAAAGGAAAUGAACAUUUUUAUUGCUCUUGCUUCAUAUUGUCAGAUUGCUUUCCAGUAAGAGAUUAUGCCCAUUUACACUGAAGACCAAUCUGAAACUCAGCCCCAGCAAAAUCCAGAACUUGCCUGUCUCCAUAGCUGGUUUUAAUUUCCCUAUUCUGCAAUGGCUUGUUAAUAUUAGUUCUGACCUUUGGGGCAAGGUGAACACAUGGUUGGACUGAAGAGAAAAGGCUUCGGGUGGCUCAGUAACUUCUUUGGCAACUACAACAGCUGAUAUUUCAACAGAGCACAUACACUCCCCCCACUUAACAAGGGUACAUCCUCAGCCUUCUCAGGGAACCAACGAACACCUCCAGGCUUCCUCUUUGAUGCCACCCACUGGACCUGCCUUAGGGGUCUGUAAAUGCGAGACAACCGAGUGUUGGAUAAUUAGCAAUGGAAGAAAAAACCUCUAGAAUAAAAGGUAGGUGAGAAAGAAGGGAACGUAGGCAGGAGUUACACAAAUCCACAUCCAUUCUUCAGGCCCUCUGGAAAGUUUUCUUUGCGUAGAUGGUUGGUUGACGUGUGCAUUAAAGGGCAUGGGAAAGUGGGGGAAAAGAUUAUAUGUAACCUAUUUAUAUAUCUGUAUAUUUUUAAAAAUCCAUUCUGGCCUUUGUGGGACCCUGGCCCCCAGGGCAAUUCCCUAGCACCUGUGAAAGUCUCUCUAACUUGUUCUGGUCUGGUUUUGAAUGAACUGAGUGAUUGAGAUUAUAGCUCUUACCUCCCCACUGAUGUGUAAAGUAGGGUUGAUUUGCUGUGGCGCUUUGAACAAACUCUCUAGCUUCUCUGGGCAUCAGUAGCCUCCUCAGUAAAAUGGAAAUCAGAGUCUCUAGCCAAUGUUCCUCAGAGGGCUGUCACGAUCAAGAAGGGUGGAAAGGCAGAAACCAAAGCUCUUUGGAGACAUUUCGGGACUUCCUCGCUCUAAGAGUAGUGAUCUUGCUUUUUUAUAUAGGCUCCACAAGCAAUCCCACCCAAAACCCUCCAGCUGCUCUUCUCCCUGUGCGACUAUGGUCUGUGGAGAGCCGCUUCCAGGACUAGGAUUCAGUGAGGUUUGGGGCCCAGGCAUGAGGCUGAAAAUAGUGGAGAGAUGGUGGGCCAGGACAGUGGCUGAGAAGGAAGCGGAUCAUAGACUCCUGUCACAGAAGGCCUGACACUCAUAUACAUGCACCUAGCUUGUAAGUGUGUGGUCGAUCUCCCCCCACGCCUUCAUUCUCCACAAAUGCAUUCAUACCCAAACAGUCUGAGAGCUACCAAUAGGGAGACCCCAUUCAUGACUUUAUUAUCCAUCAGCACUGUCAUAUGCUUCUUUACAUAGGAUUCUCCCCCCAUACACAUGCCCUAUACUUUGGGAGGGGUACAGGGUCAGGAUCUGGGGGCCUUGGGAAAUCACAUUGUAAUCUUUUCUUCCCUAGAGAUAGCCCCAUUUUAGAAUUUUAGACCAAGAGCUGCAGGUCAGAGCUUGGUCUUGAAUGAGAAUCUGGUACUGACUGAACCCUUUCUCUGCCACGAGUUCACUGGCCCUUUUCAGAGAGGACUUAAUUCUUGUGUUUAUCUGUUUCUGUCCCAUUCAAGGUAGAGAAACCUUUCUAGAUGCCACCUCCUACCUCAGACAAGUUAGUUCUCCCCUCCAAUUCCCUGCACAGCUCUCUGUUAUAAUAUUUACCUUGUUGAACUAGGAUUAGUUGUCCACAAGUUCAUCUCAUCUAGGGCAGAGAGAUGUAGACUGCACAAACACAAUAAGCAAGUGUCUCCUCUGUCCUCUGUGCCAGGGCCUGAAUUUGACACUGGAAACACAAAUUACAGAUCACUGAGAUCUAGUCUCCAUCCUCAAGGAGUUCACAGUCUAGUGGGGAAGCAGACCAGGAAAAUACUGGUGGAUACUUGCUCAGAUAGGAGCAGGUGGGCAAUAUAAGAACCAAAGACAAGUCCUGUCCCAAGGAUACAGGGGUCACUUCCCAAAGGAAGUGAACAUCAAACCAGACCUUGAAAAGUGGGUCAGAAUGUGUUGGGAAUAGAAGGAGAAAAAAUGGCAUUUCAGGCUGAGCAAAAGCCAAGAAACAAGAAAACACACCAUGUAUUUUGGGGCCCAGUGAGUCAGCCAGUGAAGUUUAAGGAUGGAGAUCUAAGGAGAGACAUGGCUGGACAGGUAGACUGAAGCUUGAUUGGGAAGUCUUGAGUGCCAAGCUGAGGUCUUUCCAUAAAGCUUGUUUUGGUCUCCUGCUUCUGGGAUCAGAAUUGGUAACAGUGAGGAAUCUCAUAGCUAAUUCCAGGCAAGUUUAAGUUAGGUUUUAGAGCCUGGACCCCAGGUUUACCCUUUCAGACUUUGUCAAAAGCCUGCCAGCUUCCUAUCUCAGAUUUCCUGCUGCUAAAAUUGUCCUUCUGCCUGUUGGCAGGGUCAUGGGGACAAAAUUGUAAACAUAGAAGAGACGUUCAUGUGACCAGCUAGAUUACCUUGAACAUGCCACUUCCCCUCCCCAGACCUCAGUUUCCCUGUAAGGCUAACAAGGAUGUUUGUAAGGAUCAAAUGAGAUAAGGAAUAUGUUGUUGCUUUGUGGGCAAUGGAAAACAUACAGGGAAAGGGUUAUAAUUAAGAUUAUUAAUAUUAACAGAUUUAUACCAGUUAGGAAAUUUAUUAGAAUUAAAAGAGUUGUAUCUCUUACAAAGCCUAGUUCUGAGACUCUAGAGGUUCUGAGCUGACCUGUAAGACCACAUUCUUAGAUCAGGCGUGUUUGAUUAAUUAAAGAAAAGCCCUGGCCUGGGAGAAAUUAGGUCCCUAGUGUUCUAUUCCUGACUUGGCCACUGAUUUGCUACAUGACCUUAGGAUAUUUCUAGAAAAAUAUUUCUAGACCUCAGUUUUCUUACCUGAGAGGGUGAGAUGAAAUGAUCUCACAAGUCUUUACACAAAAUCAAAAGAGUAAAACCAAAUUCAUCCUUCUAAUUGAUUUGCAGGAGCUCUUUGCAUAUUAUAAAUGUUAAACCUUUGCCAUAAUAUUGUAAGUUUCCUUAACUGAGGGUUUUCUGUAUGGUCAGCAUUACAGUAGAAGUUUCAGGUUAGUCAAAGAGGUGUCUUAUCAUUUACCUCCCAAAGGGAGUAACAGUGUUAGAUAAUAUAUUUUUAACAUUUCCCAGAUUGCUUUACAUUUUUUAACACAUUGAAUCUUCAACAAUCCUAAGGAGGGUAGGUACUCCUAUCAUUGCCAUGUUCCAGAUAAGAAAACUGAAGCACUGAAAAGUUUAGUCUUCUGCUCAUUGUCUCAUAGCCAACAAGGGGCAGAGGUAGGAUUCCACUCAAGAAAUAUGGCUCUAGAGCCUAUUGCUCUUAACCGUCAUAAUCUGCUGUCUCAGUUGAUUCAUUUAGAUAGGUGGGCUCUGGAAUGUAUUAAAAGUUUGGUAUGAUUUAUACACAACAACUGGAGGAAAUCUGACCCUUGUGUAGACUAAGGCUUGCAAAUGUAUUUUAGGGAACUUCUUAAAAGGCAAAGUGGAACUGAGAGCAUUUGAGGGCAGGGAUUGGAAAUUUCUGUCCCCAAGAGAUUGCCCUUGUGUAGCCCAGCUCAGUGGAAGAAAGUUGAGCUUCCUCGUAGCCAAUCAUUGAAGGUUCACUGGGGGUGGGAAGGUUGCAGAAGAGUGAAGUAAGAGCACACUUGCGCAUCUUCCAGGCAAGCUGUGCAGUUCUAUGAGUUCUACACAUAAAAGCCUCAAAACAACGUGUCAGGGGAGGGAGAGAGGGGGCAGGUGAGGGUGAGUCAUCUGGGCUGGAUGGCUCUGGCCUAUGGACUUGUCCUACUUUGAGGCCAUUGCUCUUUGCUCCCUGCUGCAGCCUCCACCCUCUUAAAUCUCCAUCCUAAUGGCUUGGCAUGAGGAACUUUAGUGAAAUUUUCUAUCAGUUCAUGAUGCCAAUGUCAUUCUCCUUAGGGGAUCUGACGGUGGCUAACAGCCAUGUGGGCAGAGCUUACCAUUCCCCCACCUCCAGCCCCAGGCAAUGGCUGCACUCUUCCAAAGGUGUCAGUUUACUCCUAUUUAUUUAGCCCUUGGCUGGAGAGAGUAGAAAGAUGAUCAAAUAGUGCCCAUCUCUUCAAGAGUGCCCCAGGCAGCACAUUUCAGGUGGGAGAGGCCCUGUGGCAAGGAAGGCAGCAGAAUCCAGAGAAGACAAGGGAUGCAAGGCCAUUUUGGGUCGGAGAAGCAGAGAAGUAAUGGACCUUCCAUGUCCAGUUUGGGCCUCUAAUUGCCAGCUCAAAACACUGCAUUCCCCAGUAGGGACUUUGUGUUUGUGUUUUUGUCCUUGGGAACCUUGCAUUUCUGAUGUAAAUCUUGAUUUCUGGGUUGGAGCUUGACAUUCUACUUAGGUCCAUUUUUUAAUUUCAAAGCUGGAAAAGCCGCUGAGACCUACCUCCAUCACCUUUGCCUCUCUACCCCACACAGGCUGUAAGCACAUGAUCUUUGGUCUUUUAUUUGCAUACUCUAUUAGUCUUGUCUUCAUUGGAGGGAAGUGACUGGUCAGACCUGGACUGUGUUGCUGGCUGCCUUCCUUGUUGGGCUCCAACUUACCUCCUAUGUACACAGCCCUUGGAGUUCAGAGGCCUCUCCUGACCUCUGCCCAACCUCUUGCUCUCUGCACCCAAUACCCCUAGUACAUACAGGAACAGAGGCAGGCUAGGACCAGAGGAAAGAGGAGAGGGGACUGAAGACAGACUCUGAGAGGGCUUAGAAACCCAGUGCACCCCCCGUCCCAGCUCUGUCCACCUGCUGCUGUGACCACAGUGAGGGAAAAGACAGCUAGUAAGAUAGGAAGUGAGGCCGGGUACCUUGUGGGCAGUGAUGUCAUUAGCUGCGACUCCUAAGAUGUCUCCAGAGAUGGGAGAGCUCACCCAAACCAGGUUGCAGAAGAUCUGGAUUCCACACAGCAGCGGCAGCAGCAGGCUGCAUCGGAGAAGGGGCUCAUCCAUACCCCAGUUUACCAAUUCUCCCACGAUGGUGAUCAUGGUGGGUUUACCAGCUCGAGGCAAGACUUAUAUCUCCACGAAGCUCACACGAUAUCUCAACUGGAUAGGAACACCAACUAAAGUGUUUAAUUUAGGCCAGUAUCGACGAGAGGCAGUGAGCUACAAGAACUAUGAAUUCUUUCUUCCAGACAACAUGGAGGCCCUGCAAAUCAGGAAGCAGUGCGCCCUAGCAGCCCUGAAGGAUGUUCACAACUAUCUCAGCCGUGAAGAAGGUCAUGUCGCGGUUUUUGAUGCCACCAACACUACCAGAGAACGGCGGUCACUGAUCCUGCAGUUUGCAAAAGAACAUGGUUACAAGGUGUUUUUCAUUGAGUCCAUUUGUAAUGACCCUGGCGUAAUUGCAGAAAACAUCAGGCAAGUGAAACUUGGCAGCCCCGAUUAUGUAGACUGUGACCGUGAAAAGGUUCUGGAAGACUUUCUAAAGAGAAUUGAGUGCUAUGAGGUCAACUACCAACCCUUGGAUGAGGAACUGGACAGCCACCUGUCCUACAUCAAGAUCUUCGACGUGGGCACACGCUACAUGGUGAACCGAGUGCAGGGUCACAUCCAGAGCCGCACAGUCUACUACCUCAUGAAUAUCCACGUCACACCUCGCUCCAUCUACCUAUGCCGGCAUGGUGAGAGUGAUCUCAACCUCAGAGGCCGCAUCGGAGGUGACUCUGGCCUCUCAGUUCGUGGCAAGCAGUAUGCCUAUGCCCUGGCCAACUUCAUUCAGUCCCAGGGCAUCAGCUCCCUGAAGGUGUGGACCAGUCACAUGAAGAGGACCAUCCAGACAGCUGAGGCCCUGGGUGUCCCCUAUGAGCAGUGGAAGGCCCUGAAUGAGAUUGAUGCGGGUGUCUGUGAGGAGAUGACCUAUGAAGAAAUCCAGGAACAUUACCCUGAAGAAUUUGCACUGCGAGACCAAGAUAAAUAUCGCUACCGCUAUCCCAAAGGAGAGUCCUAUGAGGAUCUGGUUCAGCGUCUGGAGCCAGUGAUAAUGGAGCUAGAACGACAGGAGAAUGUACUGGUGAUCUGCCACCAGGCCGUCAUGCGGUGCCUCCUGGCCUAUUUCCUGGAUAAAAGUUCAGAUGAGCUUCCAUAUCUCAAGUGCCCUCUGCACACAGUGCUGAAACUCACUCCUGUGGCUUAUGGCUGCAAAGUGGAGUCCAUCUACCUGAAUGUGGAAGCCGUGAACACACACCGGGAGAAGCCUGAGAAUGUGGACAUCACCCGGGAACCUGAGGAAGCCCUGGAUACUGUCCCUGCCCACUACUGAGCCCUUUCCAAGAAAGUGUCCUCAUCGCCUUCCACCUUUAGGAAAUGCUAUCCUUGCUCUUCUCCUACUCUGCCUUGGCCUCACUGAGGUACUCCACCACCAGUGAAGAAGUCCUCCGCAACUCCCAAACAAGCCUCACUUACUGGCCGCAACUAAGGAGCUAUCUAGCUCUGGAUGAAACUUUCUUUCUUAAUUCUUAUUCUCUGACGAAUAAAGACUUACUGCCUACAA